AACGUGACACUUCCACCGGCGGUGGCCGGUGACAGCCCCUGCAAGAAUGCGAAGAAGUGAGAGUUCAUGCCGCAUUGUCACUGUGCAUCUUGGAAAAAUUGCAAUUUUAAGGUGUUAUUUAAGCAAAUUGUCGUGAUUUUUCAAGUGUGCCUCGUGCCGAAAGAUAAAUAGCAUCAAGUGAAAAUACUCACAUCGUGUGUGAAAGCGAAGGUUUGCAGGAAAGUAAUACAGAAACCCCGCAUGAAGCAAUCCGCAUGCAGUAACCAGCAACAGCAGCAAGUACGCCGGUGAUUUGUGUGGUAUUCCGGUGGUGUUGCCAGUAAUUUACGUGUUGUUUACGUACCGACCUUGUCAGGAUGAUGGGCAUGUUUGAGUAGUUUUUCGAAUAGUCAAAAUACCACUCGGUAACAUAGACGGGGGUGUGUGUGUGAUCCCGUACACGAGCGGGCAAUUUACCGAGGUAGGAGCCUGGUGGUAUCGCCAUCCCAUCCAUUCAUCGUUUGAACAUCGGGAAGAUUCAUUUAUUCGGUGUGUUGAUCGGAAAAUUACGAUAUUGUCGAGUGUUGCUCGAAGACAGGACCGUGAGGAAUUUAUGCCACGACCGGACCGCAUAACUGCCAGGAAAGCCGUGCAAAAACUCUCCCGUACGUACGCCCCGCGGUACAUGUAGAUCGUGGUCGUGUUCUGCAUCAGCGAGCAAGCAAGUCAAUCUACGGCGCACGACCCAUUUUUCGAAUCUAUUUUAGUACGGCCGACCAUCAUAGCAAGCAGCGACUUGGUUCGGAUUUACUGAGAUCUCAUCAAAAGACACUACUCCACCCGCUGCCAACGGUUCACAACUUCACGACUGUCCCUCCAAAUGCUAUCCCCUCAUCACCGGGGGGUGGAACGUGAACGUCGUGCGUAAGUGAUAAAUAUCUGCUCCCCAAAAACGGCGGACUAGUCACACCACCACCCCGAGGGAAGCGGUGAAACUUUCAAAAAUACAUAAAUCACCGUGACAAGCAAUAUAACGGCAGAAUAUAACACCAUCGGCCGGCACGUGACAGCCACCUUGAUCGAAACGGCUUAGACUAGAAUCUUAUCACUCGUACGAACGCACGCACGCACGCACGCACGAAACCAUGAACAACGGAGCGCGGGGUAAAGGGCUGCCCAAAGGGAAGGCGAAAGAACUGAACGGACUCGUCCAGGAUCUUUUGCAUUUCAGUUUCGGGCAGCCGUGCAACCACGCCGAGUGGCUCGCCCAGCACCGGAAUAUGGUCGGCGUGCUGGACCGUAUCCGACGCAUCGAACCGAAGCUGCGCACCACGAAUGGUCAAUCGAGGAUGGAGAACGUGCACCACUUCACCCGGUGGGCGAUCGAGCAGGGCUGCAAGGUAGGGAACGUGCGCGUCGCCGAACAUACCGAGUAUGGUGGGCUCGGGCUAGAAUCUACCGGUCACAUCCCAGCCGGCCAACGUAUCGUUACCGUACCGCGCAAGCUGUUUUUCUACGUCCCAAAUGAGCCACGGUACCGGAAGCUGCUCGCGAUGAUGCCGAACGCAAAGAUGAGCGAACAGGGUAACGUUAUGCUUGCACUCGCCCUCAUUAUAGAGCGGUUCGGGGCGAACAGCUUCUGGAAACCGUAUCUGGACGUGCUGCCCGAUCGCUACACGACGCCGCUCUACUACACGCCAGAGGACAUGGCUGAGCUGCACGAAACGGAAGCGAGUCUGCCGGCAUUGAAGCUAUGCAAGCAAAUUGCACGUCAGUACAUUUUCAUUCGGAACUACGUUCAGGACAGGGUGGACGAACUGCGGGACUGCUUUACGUACGACGUGUUCCGCUGGGCUGUUUCGACGGUGAUGACCCGACAGAACAAAGUACCGGUCAAUCUGGCAGGGUUCGACGGGAUGGACUUUACCCUCGCACUGAUUCCGUUCUGGGACAUGGCAAACCACGCGUACCCCGACGCGCGGGAGCAAGAGGACCGGUGCGUUGCCGAAACCUGCUACAACGCUACCGACGGGCAGUUGGAGUGCGCGCUAACGCGGGAAAUGAGCGCCACGUCGCCGGUUCCCAUCUUUAUCGUGUACGGCAAGCGAACCGAUGCUGAAUUUCUCGUGCACAAUGGCUUCGUCUGUCCGCGUAAUCCUUACACGAGCCUAACAAAACGCUUUACAGUGCCACGAUCGAUGGUCGAGAAACAAGCGCACCUACUUGAACUGCUCGGCAUACCGUCGUCGGGUAUGUUCGCGUUUGGUUUGGCCACUGGCAGCCAGCUGCCGGAACCGAUCUCACCCGAACUUGUGGCGAUAGCACGUGUACAGGCCAUGGCAGAGCAGGAGCUGGACCACUACAUUGCGCUGGAUGCAACGGAACGGCAAAAGCUGUGCUGCUCGUAUCGCUCUGAUCUGCCCGACAAACUGUGCGAAGGGACUGAUCGAACGAUAAGGGCGAUGAUAACGGAUUUGCUGAACUGCUAUCCUACCACGAUCGAGCAAGAUGAAACGCUGCUGCAAGCGAAUCGACAGAUGCAUCACAUCCGUCGGCUGCUGAUCGAGUACCGGAUCGCGGAGAAGCAAACGAUACGCAGCUGGGCAACGUCUGGCAAGGACACUGCAGGUGAGCAGGCAAUUUCAACAGACGGUGAAUAGCUACUUCCAGUCAGCGCGACGUUGUGUUUCAAGCGCAUGGGGCUAACAUUUACCAGUUAACGACACCAAACAGUUGACUCGCGGCAACGAUAACAACGUGCGGUACCGCGGAUUGGUUUCACAUUUCAAACUCUACCCAAUGUUUACCUAAUUGUCGUUCAUUGUAAGCUUUCGGCGGAAUAAAAUAGUAUUAUUUUGCAUUGUAGCAAAACAAAAAAGCAAUGCUAACAAAACUCUAUCAAACAAAUGAAAGCAAUCAUUUCCUUUGUCACUUCGGAGUGUUGCGUAAAGUUAAAAAUUAUGGUUUUUUUUUGUUUCCUCUUUCGGCACCUUUUGUAUACGCUUACGAUAAUUUGCAGAAACGUUUAAAACCCUACACGAUCGGGUUUUUAGCAGGUGAAAUUGUUACAUUAAACGCAACUGUCCUUU